CCACCGCGCAUUUGCAGACGUCACGUAGACCUCACCGACCUACCUUUAGCUUAGCCUUUCAAAUUCUUCCUUUAUUCAACUAGAUGUGUUUGGGAUCUCGCCUGUUCCGGUUGUAAUUAAGAAGCUGGAGGUUAAUAACGCCGGACAGGCUGACUGUUCAUCCGACAGCUUUACAGAGCUCUGUGUUUAGUGAUAAGGAGUGAAUUUCAUGCGUUAGCUCGAGCUGAUCUACAGGAGAAACAGCAGUCAUGGGCUCCAGAGCUUCAUCUUUACUCAGAGAAGAGGACAUUGAAGAAAUCAAGAAAGAAACUGGAUUUUCCCACAGUCAGAUCACUCGCCUCUACAGCCGCUUUCACAGUCUCGAUAAAGGAGAGAACGGAGCGCUCAGCCGAGAAGACUUCCAGAGGAUUCCUGAGUUGGCCAUAAAUCCUCUUGGUGAUCGGAUAAUUAAUGCCUUCUUCCCAGAGGGGUUCGCUUUCCGGUUAUAUGACCUUGACAGAGACGACAAGAUCUCCAGAGACGAGCUGCUACAGGUGCUGAGAAUGAUGGUAGGCGUGAAUAUUUCUGACGAGCAACUUGGAAGCAUUGCAGACAGAACCAUCCAGGAAGCUGACACUAAUGGAGACAUGUGUAUCUCCUUCAGCGAGUUCAUCAAGGUAUUGGAAAAAGUGGACGUCGAACAGAAGAUGAGCAUCCGUUUCCUUCACUGAAAACCAAACGCGCUCUGAACUCUGAUUGGAGACCAUCAGUGUCAGUAGAGAUAAGACACGCCCCUGACUCUUCUCUCUGUGGGCUGAUUCAUCCUUUAGAAACAUGAUUGUGUUGUCAUGGUUACGUUUGUUUCAAUCAUCUGUCACUCUUGAGUUGCUGUUGCACCAGAAAGGGUGGGUCCAUUGCCUUCACUAUUCUGAAAAGUCACAGUGGCAUUUAUCUCAUAUGUUGAAAUAAUAUUUAUUCCAACUGUGAAAGCAGCUAAUUAAAACUUUCCAAAUGGGGAAGCUGUCAUUGAUAUUGAUACUGACGGAUGCUUGUUGUAAUGCCCAUUUCGUCACCAUCUUAAAAGCCAAAUCUGAUACUUCUAUAAUAAAUAAAUGAGUUUCUAAGGAAUUUCCAUGAGAAACGUUCCUUAUCACCUGUGAAAAUGAUAUUUUUUUAUUUUUAAAGGUGAAGCGUGUAAACUAAGAUCUGUUUAAGCAUCCAAAUUUGACAUGACAACGUUACCCAAAAUACUAACUCUAAGAAAACAGUAGAGGAUGUUUGACACCAUCAUUUUUGUGAAUUGAAGUUAUGCACAUUUCAUCUGAUCUAUCUUACAAUUUUUUGCCUGGCAGAUGAUAACAGUCGAAAAAAUCUGUUAGACUUGCAUUUUAAGGAUGGAUUUGAGAUAUAGAGGGACCAGAAUAUAAUAGAGAUUUGUGCUGCAUGGGCUCUUUUAAUUUAGACUGGAAAACAAACAUCUAGAACACCCUAACAACGUGAAAAAGUCACUUUGAACCCCUUAGCAACCCCUUUGCACAGCCAAACACUAUUCCCUUCCUUCAGAAAAUGUAAGAAUCUUAGCAAUUCUCUUUAAUGGUGCAGAAAUGACUCGCUUCACCUUUUCAGCUCUUGUUCAUUCAGUCCAGUCAAUUUCAAAACUAACCAGUGAUUUAAUGUUGGGUGUGAUUUGUUCUAUAUGACGUAUGCUCUCAGAGUUGUCAUGCAUCAUUAUUUAUAAGAAGGGUACUUGGAAUCAAAAGUCACUCCCCUACUACAUCACUGUGCUGUUCUCUCAGUUAUUCAACCGUUGACUGAACACUUAAGUUGAUCAGGGUGGCAACAACAGUCUGUUGCAUUUUAACGCUUUUUGUCUUUGCUUUAUAUAUAUAUGAACAAAAUCGAAGUUCCGUGCCUGUGUCCUUGAUGGAUAUAAACACUGAAAAUAUAUCUGUAUAAGGCUCGGAGGUGGUCUUACUCAAAUAGCUAGCUAUCUACAUAGAAACCGGCUGAAAAUAAAUUGAAACAGCUCACUGGAUGACACCGUUUCAGACUCAGACAGCCUAUAACAAACUGGCUGCGUGUUUUCUUUUCAGCGUUUCUGAGCUUGCAGACACACCAGAAACCUAACUUAAUGCAAAACAUUUGUCCAAUUUGGACAAAAACGAUUGUCCAAAAACUAUUUUAUCCGAUGUCCCCUUUAAAUAAGCUUUUCCAGAGAACAAAAAUGAAAUGAACUCAUUCAAUUUGGUGUAAUAAUCAUGACGUACACUUGAGAUGUGGACUCUGUGAUUUAGUCAUGUAUGGUUUUGAUUCAAAUAAAAAGUGCCAUGAUUCA